AUGCCUUUUGCGAAAAAAAAAAAUGCACAUGUUUUAAGUACAACAUUUCAUUAAUCAGUAGAACGCCAUAAUGCUCUUAGAACUAGACUGUUAAAUUAAAUUUCAAAAUGUCGGGGGAUCUUCAUACUGCCAUUCAAGAAAUAACAACGGAAUUUAAGUCUUUUGAUGAUCAAGAAGACAACAAUGACCAACAAUGCUGUUCCGGCUUGGAAUGUCAACUAUGUAACAUUAAAGUUACAAGUAUGAAAAUUCUGGAGAGACAUUUGAAAGGAAAAAAACAUCGAAUUCGUGAAGCGAAAAACGGUAGAGAAUUUUUCUGUGAUAUCUGCGAUGUUCGGGCGAACAGUGAGAUUCAGCUAGAUAUUCACUUGAAAAGUUCUAGACAUAAAGGAAAUAUAAUGAAGAAAGAAUCGACAGAAUUCACGUCAGUUUCUGCUGGAACUAAAGGAAUAUGGUUGAUUGUUAUAUGUUUGUUAUGUCUAUUUUUGAACUUGUUAUUAUUAUUCAGAACUAGUUGAUUUAUUUUGAUGGUAAUUCUUUAUUGAAAGAUUUAUAUACAAAUAUAUAUAUUUUUGUUAUAUAUCAACAUAAUUGUUCAUAUUGAUAAUAUAUCUCACUCCAAAAAUUUUUGUUUUUUUCGGUAGAAUGACUAAAUAAAACAUAUAUACAUAAGAACUGAUGUUAUAUUUUUGAUUGAUAUGUUUAGUUUAUGGCUUGAAACUUGUUAUUGUGCGCCAAAUCAAUGAGAUUUUUCUGUAUAAAAAUUCGGUACUUUUUUGACUGAAUGUAUUCGAUUACUUUAUUUUUGCAAAACAGGAUAUCUCAGACAAUAACAAAUAUCCAUUUUUAUCAUUUAAUUAUAACAACUCUGUAACAUACUUUAGGAAAAGUGUUAAUUGUCCACUCCUUGAUACAGAAGAUAUAAAGAUAAAAUUUUUGUAUAUGUAUAUAUAAAAGGUCAUUUCGAUUGAAA